AUGAAUGAAGCCACAUUUCUACACAUGAACAGGCAUCAGGGAUUUGCCGUCAAAGUUGAAGAAGAUCGCUCGUCAUCAUUACUAGCACAAAUGGUCCGGCUCAACCGUAUUCUAGCUCAAAUAAACGAUUUCAACAUCCAAGCCGCCGAGAACAAGAUCGAAACACCGGACGCCAUCUCUACUAUUGAGAUCCUCUCCUCAAGGCUUGAUGAAUGGAUUACCCUUCUACCGAGCGAUAUGCAAGACACACGCGAGAACCUUCUACACUACGCAUCCCAAGGACUCGGCCAACUCUUCGUCACUCUAUACCUAGGCUACUAUCACUACGGUCAAAUGCUCUUCUACCGCUUCCUACACGAAGACUCGCGAUCUUUCUCGCCACGCACACACUUCUACGCAAAGCAAUGCAAAGACCACGCCGUUAAGUUAUGUGAAAUGAUAUACAGUUCGGAGGAUGUACCCGGCUGUGCUGUGCUAUAUAACAUGGUCGGCCAUGUGCUUGUGAUAGCAUCGACGGUACAAAUCCACACUCUGCUUUUCGAGGUCGACAAUGAAAGUAUCACUCUUGCAAGGGGAAGACUUGAGAGAAACUUUUGUAUUCUUACGCGACUUCGGAAAUUAUGGCCUACGCUUGAUGUUUGUAUGGAGCGGUUACAGGCUUUUCAUCGUGCUUGCAGGCGUUCGGUUGAUACGAGUUUUUGUAUGGAUGAGUGGAUGGUUAGGUUCUUGGUUGAGUUUGCGAAUCCGGUUAGUGAUAAAGAUGGCAGCGCAGGUGGAAUUGAGGAGAGACCUUGGGGGUUGGAGGAGAUUGGAAUUUCGUGA